UAUUAAAUAUAUAUAUAACAAUAAUUAAGAACAAAAAAAAAAAACCCCAAGUCUCACCCUUUAAUCUUUAUUCUUCAUCGUUCUCUGCCCUGGUUCUCUCUCUCAAUCGAGAUUUCUGUCUUGGAAGUCUUCUCCUCACAGGUCAGCUCGGUUCUUUGGCUCUCUUCUCCUCACAGAGUUGUCAAUCUCCCUGAAGUAAGGGUAUCGUCCUGAAACAAUGGCGGAACAAGUCGUGGAAGGGAGCCAACCAGUUGAUCUCGAGAAGCAUCCUUCGGGAAUAGUCCCAACAUUACAGAAUAUUGUCUCCACUGUUAAUUUGGAUUGCAAGUUGGAUCUUAAGGCCAUUGCGCUCCAAGCUAGAAAUGCAGAAUACAAUCCUAAGCGUUUUGCUGCAGUCAUUAUGAGAAUAAGAGAACCAAAAACCACAGCUUUGAUAUUUGCAUCUGGCAAGAUGGUAUGUACGGGAGCGAAAAGCGAACAACAGUCAAAACUUGCUGCAAGAAAGUAUGCUCGUAUCAUUCAAAAACUUGGGUUUCCUGCGAAGUUUAAGGAUUUUAAAAUCCAGAAUAUAGUAGGCUCCUGUGAUGUUAAAUUUCCCAUUAAGCUUGAGGGACUUGCAUUUUCACACGGGGCUUUCUCUAGUUAUGAACCAGAACUAUUUCCAGGCUUGAUUUAUCGAAUGAAGCAACCGAAAAUUGUUCUUCUUAUAUUUGUCUCUGGAAAAAUUGUUCUUACAGGAGCAAAGGUGAGGGAAGAGACCUACACUGCUUUUGAGAACAUUUACCCUGUCCUAACAGAGUUCAGGAAAACUCAGCAAUGAUGGGAUGGCAGAGGACUCCACUGUCAUUGUUCUUGUAUUAAAAUUUUGGUAUUUAUGUUUUUAACAUCAGUUUACAUAGCCUGAAAGUGUAUCCUUACCUAGUGCUACUCCUUGAAAUCGUCAAAUAAGAGGUAUCUUCACUUCGCUGGCAGACAUAACUGAUAGAGCAACAAAAGACAAUUUGUCUGCAAAAGGUUUGCAAUGACGACCGUUGUGCCUUAAUAGAAUUGUAAAUAUAGAAAGGUGGUUGUCACUGUUUGAUUGCCUAAUGAGAUAUAGACCAGUCCAGUACUUGUUGGUGGGUUUGGUGAAAUUGUUUGAACAACAUCUGCCAUGUCUUUGAAGUCAGUGCUGGAUAAUAGAGGAAGGAGUGGGAAGAAAAAACUUGGUAACUUCUAGUUGUACUUUCAGCUUUGUGCUUAUAUGAGUUACUCUCAUUCUCUCUCUCACUCUCUCUUUGCUUAAUAAAAGACUUGAGAUUAUGUUCAAUUAGCCAGCUUUUGGGGAAUUAAUGAUUAUUACAGUUAUUUGAGAGAAGAGCUGAUUGUUCAAACUUCAAACUAUGAGUAUCAUCACCUAAUAAGUCUAAUAAUAAGGAAAUCUUGAUUUUCAUUCGAAGCCUAAAAAGUCUCUACUUUGAACUUGUGCUUGUUGAGCUACUUUCCUUCUAAUGUAACCUAUGUACUAAGCCAUGUCUAAAAGAGGCUAACUGUGAUUGGUUAUUUAAUACAGUGGUGUCCAUUUUAAAUAAAGAUUGUUGGUUAUUUAUUAUUA